AUGUCAAGAGUAGCCCCUUCGAAGAGCCAUCCUCUUCGAAACUCCCCCAUCACUCCAAAAAGGCUGUUCUCAUCCUCUACACACAAAGAUGCCACGUGGGGAUUCAUAGGGCUCGGACAAAUGGGAUAUAACAUGGCUAAGAAUAUACAGUCUAAGAUCCCCGCCACCGACACGCUGAUGAUUCGCGAUGUCAAUCAAGAUACCACCGCCCGGUUCGUGGAGGAAGCUCGUCAGGCGGUCAAGCGAGCUGCUGCUGCUGGCACUAGCACUGGCAUGGCCAAUGUUGUCGUGGCGGAGAGCGCGAGAGAUAUGGCAGAACAAUCUACGGUCGUCAUAACCAGCCUUCCAGAGCCACAGCAUGUCAAAGACGUCUUCUAUUCCAUCCUCCGGCACGGUGAACUUCCCGCUCUGGAUCAGGAGCGUCUGUUCAUCGACACGUCAACCAUCGAUCCUAGUUCUUCCAAAGAGAUUGCGAAUGCGAUUCACACCACCGGCCAAGGUCGCUUUGUGGACGCACCUGUGUCCGGGGGUGUCGUCGGGGCCCGCAACGGUACGCUCAGCUUCAUGUUCGGUGCCAUGUCCCAGACCGGUCAUUUCAUUGACCGAGUGAGGUCGGUUCUGUCCCUCAUGGGCAAGAAUGCGUGGCACAUGGGCGCUCCCGGUGCCGGGGUCUCGGGAAAACUCGUCAACAACUACAUCCUGGCGAUCAACAACAUCGCCACCGCCGAAGCAAUGAAUCUGGGCCUGCGCUGGGGCCUGGAUCCUAAGACUCUUGCUGAUAUGGUCAGUACGUCCACCGGUCGGUGCUGGCCGAUGGAGGUCAACAACCCUGUGCCUGGCGUCGUGGAGACGGCGCCAGCCUCUCGUGACUAUGCCGGUGGCUUUGGCGUCAGCCUGAUGAAGAAAGACUUACGGUUGGCGAUCACGGCUGCAGAGGAGUCGGGCUCGCCUCUCCCCCUGGCUGACGUAGCUCGUACCGUGUAUAAUGCCGUGGAAGAAGAACACCGCGGUAAAGAUUUCUCAGUGGUCUACAAGUGGCUUCAGGAUAGGUCACAAUAA